UUUUAGUUUGGGUUUAUUACUAUUUUUUGGAUCGGGAUCGGUUCUUCAAAUUUGGUAUUUUGUCCACCCCUAGUAUUAUUGACAUGAAAACAAAUAAAAACAUAUUUUUGAAAAAAUACAUUUGCACGGUCACGCGGAUCAAAAUCUAGUAUGUUUUAAGAUAAUUUGUAUAACAUUUCAUGAAUAUAACUCCUGCAUAGUGGGAUCAUAAUACUAGUCUACCCAUAAUAUUCUACUCAUAAAAUCAACACAAUACUAAAAGAAGAAUAAGGUGAGUGGAGAAGCUGUCCACGUCGUUUAAUUAAAUCGACCAAUAAAAAACUUCUAUUUUGCCACAUCAGACAAGCCUCACAGUGUGGGCUUCAUCCUAUAAGUUUUGCGUAUGGGCUACAUCGAAUUUUUAAUCUGCUCAAUGAGACCCAAAUCACAAAAUAAACCUGUCGAAGGAUGACGAUUCUCUACGCCUCUACCACUUCGUCUUCUCCAGUUGAAGAGCAAAGAAACUGAAUAGUAAUUGAGCCACUUCUACACAAUCAAUACUUUCGUUUCAAUCAAUCAAUACCUUCUUAAUGAUUUCGUUUCAUCUCUCUGUUUUCCUCCUUCUUUAUAUACUGAUCUUCUUUCCUUCCUCAAAUCUCCAAACAAGCGCAACAGCUGAUGACGAUGAAACUGGAGUUGAGAUUGCCAUGAGGGUGGUUAGAUUCGCCAAGGGCUUGAGCGCUGUGACGAUGUUGAGUUUAGUCCCGAAGCUUCGUAAGGUAUGGAUUUUGAAAUGUGUAAUAAAUUUGAAGCUUCUGGUACGGUUUAAGGUAUUCGCUUUAGGGAAAAAAUUGCAAGUAGAGAUGAUGAAGCUUUUGCAUCUGUUCAUAACUUCAUCAAAACCAGUGAUGGAUAUUCUACUGAUAACGACAGUUGGAUUUUAUAUCACUCUUGAUGGAGUCAAUCUUCUUGGUCAUGGUGCUCACAAAUAUUUGAACAACGGCCGUAAGUGUUCUUCUCACUUCUUCAAAAAUCACUGUUCUUCUCACUUCUAGAAGACAAUGAUUUGUGACACACUUCUUGAGAAAGACCAGGUUUUGUAGUAUGAAUGAUCUUAAAAACUCAAAUCUUCAAAUUUUGGUUUUUGCAGUUAACCAACGUUUGUGAUCUGUGAUAACUUCAGCUCGACAUGAAAAGAGGGCCAUGAAGAGUCUUCUCUGCUUAUGCCGGAGAAGCCACAAAGUCUUAAGAAAAGAAAACAACUAUGUACUCAUGCUUGGUGUGAUCUGAUUCUAUGGAGAGGAGAAGGAGUAUAACUUUCUUAUACUCCAGGAGAGUCACGGUUUUCAGAUCACAGACCCGUUUCUGCAAUGUUUGCAGUAGAAAUUGAUAUGAAGAGUCUGAAAAAAGAUAGAUUCAGGAAAGGUUAUUCUUGUGCAGCCACUCCACAAAGCAUAGUUUUAACUAAGAUUAUUACAGUUCUUUUUUAGACCAAAAAAAAGUUUUUUUCUUUCUUCAUUGUAUAGCUAUAUGAAUAUUUUUCUUGCAUCAGCCAUCAUGAUAUAUAUAUAUAUAUAUAUUUUAAUGGUA